AUGAAGAUCUCCCUAUUACUAUCCGUCGCGGCGCUCGUCCACCAGAGCACCUGUGACGGACCAGGACUUGGAUACGACCCAAACACAACUCCGGAUUGCAUUGAGUGGCACAACAACGGCUUCGAACAAACAUGUGAAGAAGUACGAGACUACUACAAUAUCACUCCCGAAAUGUUCCACAAAUGGAACCCCUCCGUUGGUCUCGACUGCAAGCCGUGGGAAUAUCAUUCCUACUGCAUCCUUAGCCAAGAGAGAUACGACGAAUAUCUGGCAACAGCUUCAGGCUCUGCAAAAACCGGCGCCACCGCCACGACUGGCCCGUCCACUCCGGCACCUUCUCCUACCGCCCGGACUAUCAUGGAUUGUUUUGAAGAGGGCGGCUAUUACCCCGUCAUUGACAAGAACGUGAGCCCUGAAGGCGGAGACACGGCUUUGACUAUUCCGGGAUGCAGGAAUACCUGUUAUCUCAAGUCUUAUUACUAUGCGGGUGUGGAGGGCGGUAACCAGUGUCGGUACAGCGAGUAUAUUAAUAGUGAAUUAGGAAAGAAUCAGGGAGACUGCAAUAUUACCUGUACUGGCGACAAAACGACAUUCUGUGGUGGGAAGGAGCUGGCAAGCCCCUAA